GGGGCGAUAUCAUCGGCGGCGGCUGGAGGAGGAGCGGCUGGAGGCGCGUGCAGCCUGCAAGCCAGCGCCCGGCAGCCGGGGCAGGUGGGAACCCGCGCUCCCGGGAGACGAGCCGACUCGAGCCGGAGCCGAGUCCGACCAGAGCCCGGGCGGACAGCAGGAGCCUGGCUCGCGGGCGGCCCGUGGGCGGCAGCCGGGCGGGGCGGGCGCCGGCGGGGCGGCCCCCCAGUAAGAUGUGCGCGGCGCCGCGGGGCGCCCCCCACUCGCAGCGGCGCUCCGGAGCCGGGCAGCUGGGCCAGGCGGCGCCUCGGGGGCUGCUGCGCGCCCGCGCUUAGAGCUGCCGCCCCAGGGAGCCCGCCACGGCCGCGCCCCGGGCACGCUCGGCGGCGCCCAACGAUGACCGCUCCCUGGCGGCGCCUCCAGAGACUGGUUUGGGAAUACUGGGCCGGGCUCCUCGUGUGCGCCUUCUGGAUCCCGGACUCGCGCGGGAUGCCUCACGUCAUCCGCAUCGGAGGAAUCUUUGAGUAUGCAGAUGGCCCCAAUGCCCAGGUCAUGAACGCUGAGGAGCAUGCAUUUCGGUUUUCCGCUAACAUCAUCAACAGAAACAGGACUCUGCUGCCCAAUACAACAUUGACCUACGACAUCCAGAGGAUUCACUUCCACGACAGCUUCGAAGCCACCAAGAAAGCCUGUGACCAGCUGGCCCUGGGUGUGGUGGCCAUCUUUGGGCCGUCGCAGGGCUCCUGCACCAAUGCCGUCCAGUCCAUCUGCAAUGCCCUGGAGGUGCCCCACAUCCAGCUGCGUUGGAAGCACCACCCACUGGACAACAAGGACACCUUCUAUGUGAACCUCUACCCUGACUACGCCUCUCUCAGCCACGCCAUCCUUGAUCUGGUCCAGUACCUCAAGUGGCGGUCAGCCACUGUGGUCUAUGAUGACAGUACAGGGCUCAUCCGACUGCAGGAGCUCAUCAUGGCCCCAUCGAGAUACAACAUCCGCCUAAAGAUCCGCCAGCUCCCCCUGGACUCAGAUGACUCUCGGCCGCUGCUCAAGGAGAUGAAGCGAGGCCGGGAGUUCCGCAUCAUCUUCGACUGCAGCCACACCAUGGCCGCCCAGAUCCUCAAGCAGGCCAUGGCCAUGGGCAUGAUGACUGAGUACUACCACUUCAUCUUCACCACUCUGGACCUGUAUGCAUUAGACCUGGAGCCCUACCGCUACUCAGGGGUGAACCUGACGGGCUUCCGGAUCCUCAAUGUGGACAACCCUCAUGUCUUGGCCAUCGUGGAGAAGUGGUCCAUGGAGCGGCUGCAGGCAGCUCCCCGUGCUGAGUCUGGCCUUUUGGAUGGAGUGAUGAUGACCGACGCAGCCUUACUGUACGAUGCUGUCCACAUCGUGUCUGUGUGCUACCAGCGGGCACCACAGAUGACCGUGAACUCCCUGCAGUGCCAUCGGCACAAGGCUUGGCGCUUUGGUGGUCGCUUCAUGAACUUCAUCAAGGAGGCUCAAUGGGAAGGAUUAACUGGACGGAUCGUUUUCAACAAAACCAGUGGCUUGAGAACAGACUUCGAUCUGGACAUCAUCAGCCUGAAGGAGGAUGGCCUGGAAAAGGUCGGAGUGUGGAGUCCUGCUGAGGGGCUAAACAUCACAGAGGUUGCCAAAGGCCGAGGCCCUAAUGUCACGGAUUCCCUGACAAAUAGGUCACUCAUCGUCACCACAGUGUUGGAGGAGCCCUUUGUCAUGUUCCGGAAGUCUGACAGGACCCUCUUUGGGAAUGAUCGUUUUGAAGGCUAUUGCAUCGACCUGCUGAAGGAGCUGGCACACAUCCUGGGCUUCUCCUAUGAGAUCCGGCUGGUUGAGGAUGGCAAGUACGGGGCGCAGGAUGACAAGGGCCAGUGGAACGGCAUGAUCAAGGAGCUCAUCGACCACAAGGCAGAUCUGGCUGUUGCACCCCUGACCAUCACCCACGUUCGCGAGAAGGCCAUUGACUUCUCCAAGCCCUUCAUGACACUCGGCGUGAGCAUCCUGUAUCGCAAGCCCAAUGGCACCAACCCCAGUGUCUUCUCUUUCCUCAACCCCUUGUCCCCAGACAUCUGGAUGUAUGUGCUCCUCGCCUACCUGGGUGUCAGCUGUGUCCUUUUUGUCAUCGCCAGGUUCAGCCCUUAUGAGUGGUAUGAUGCUCACCCAUGCAACCCUGGCUCCGAGGUGGUGGAGAACAACUUCACCCUGCUGAACAGCUUCUGGUUUGGAAUGGGAUCCCUGAUGCAGCAAGGGUCUGAACUGAUGCCCAAAGCUCUGUCCACACGCAUCAUUGGUGGCAUCUGGUGGUUCUUCACGCUCAUCAUCAUCUCCUCCUACACGGCUAACCUGGCCGCCUUUCUGACUGUGGAGCGUAUGGAAUCUCCCAUCGACUCUGCUGACGACCUGGCCAAGCAAACCAAAAUCGAGUAUGGGGCCGUCAAGGAUGGAGCCACCAUGACCUUCUUCAAGAAAUCCAAGAUCUCCACCUUCGAGAAGAUGUGGGCCUUUAUGAGCAGCAAGCCUUCAGCACUGGUGAAGAACAAUGAGGAAGGCAUCCAGCGGACCCUGACAGCAGACUACGCGUUGCUCAUGGAGUCUACCACCAUAGAGUACGUUACCCAGAGGAACUGCAACCUCACUCAGAUCGGAGGCCUCAUCGACUCCAAGGGUUAUGGCAUCGGCACACCCAUGGGCUCCCCUUACCGGGACAAGAUCACCAUCGCCAUCCUGCAGCUACAGGAGGAGGACAAGCUGCACAUCAUGAAGGAGAAGUGGUGGCGGGGCAGCGGGUGUCCCGAGGAGGAGAACAAAGAGGCCAGCGCCCUGGGCAUCCAGAAGAUCGGAGGCAUCUUCAUCGUCCUGGCUGCUGGGCUGGUCCUGUCUGUGCUGGUGGCUGUGGGCGAGUUUGUGUACAAGCUUCGCAAAACGGCAGAGCGAGAGCAGCGUUCCUUCUGCAGCACCGUGGCUGAUGAGAUCAGGUUUUCCCUUACCUGCCAGCGUCGGGUCAAGCACAAGCCGCAAACCCCCAUGAUGGUCAAGACUGACGCCGUCAUCAACAUGCACACUUUCAAUGAUCGCCGGCUCCCGGGCAAGGACAGCAUGACGUGCAGCACAUCCCUGGCCCCCGUGUUCCCCUAGGCAGAGGGGAUGGGGUCCACAGGCCUUGAGCAGGACAAAGGAAAGCAAAGGAGAUUGGGAGAAAAGAUCCCUGUGCCCAGACCAGGCUUGGGGACCAACAGCUGCUGUCUGCCCUCACCUCCUAGGGCACCAGCAGCCUCCUCCCAUCCCCCAAACCCCCAGGCCAGCUGCUUGGGCUUCACUAUCCUAUUUCCUCUAUGGGUUUCUAAAGCUGCCAGCCGAGACGGCCAAGGCCAAAGGAAGCACAUGCCUCUCUCAGGCCAAAUUCACCUGCCCCCUCAACUUUCCACUGUGGUCAAAAUUUCUGCUAUGGCCUUGCAGAGGCCAGAGGAAAAAUGAGAAACAGCUCUUAUAUUGCCAUUCCUUCCCCAUGAGCCCUAUCCUCCUGGGACUUGCCCAUGAGACCAGAGACACAAACCUUGGGCACCAGAAGGAUAUUAGAAUGUGGAGCUGAAGAGGGAGGAUGGACACCCCAGGUGCCUGAACAAAAGGAAGACUUCACCCUUCGUGGGCUGCUUUCAUGAGUCUGGUCUCCUGGACUUAGUACCACCUACGGCAGCCUCUGUUUUUGGCAAAGUCAAUAACAGAGAGCCCUGAAGAUGAAAAGAAAAGUUUAGGUAUGGGAGAGAGGAGAAGGCAUAGAGUCACCAUUUUGAAUCUUUAUGGACACCUCCCAGUGGCUCCCACCCCUCUAAGAGGUGGUGUCUAGGAGUAUAAAGUGAUCCAUGCAAAUUCUUCAUCGCUUUCUGGCCAGAGGGGAGAGGACUUCCUGAAUUUCUAGCAAAAGUUGCCCAGAGUCUUAGCCAAUAUUCAAAGACCAGAAGAGUGGAUUCCAUGAAAAUCCCACAGGCCUCCCAGCCAUUGGAUAUGAUUGUGCUGCUCUACCAAACUAUUUUCUAAAUCUAUAUAGCAUUCAGGACCUUGAGUUCUUUGCCAUCUACUCAUCUGCAACUCCCCAUUCUUGGUCAGUUGACCUUGACCUCCUUGGAAGGUCAUCUUGGAAGAAAAGUAGACUUGAUUGUAGUGAAAGCCAUCACCCUUCAUCCAAAGAGAGGUGAUGCCCCACUCCACAGGCUAACUCCAGUAGAUAAGGAAAGUCAGAGCAGGCCUAAAGAAUUGCUGGUCUCCUGGGCAUACCAGACCUAAAGAUAUUCUCCAGGAAAAGAAAGUUUUCUGGAGCAGGAUAUAAUAGUGACAGAACCCCCAAAGGUCGGAGAGGAGAAACUCCUGGAGAAUUAACCAAAGAGCCCAUACAGAGACAAAGGCCAUCCUGAUCACUGCUCUCUUGUCCAGAGCAGCUGGGAUUGUGUGAGGUUUGGGAUACAAAAGAGAGGUAGUAGCAGGCAAGAGGGAUGAGCCCAUGAGCUGUGGUGGAUACUCUAGAGAUCUGUAACUGAGAGUCCAGGAAAGAAUAAGAAAGGAAUGGUUAAGAGCAAAGUGUCCUUAAAGAGAGCAGAAGGGAGCCAUCAAGGCCAUCUAUGGCCAAGGGCAGAGCACAGUCUUUGAGCAAGAAAGGGGGCUAGGAGUUCUGGACAGGGACCCAGGAGACACCAGCUACCCCCUCCCACCUCUUUUCUGUUUCUGCUUGGGGAAUCUGGUUAGGGGAGACCUACAAGUAGGCCUCAAGCAUCUUCUCAGCUAGACUAAAGGAUGGAUACUCUCUAGUUCCCUCUAGAAACUCCCAAAGCACAGUAGGGUCAGAAGAUACAUGCUGUCCCUCCUCCAAAAUGAGCUGCAGGACCAAACCAUUGGGUUCCUAAUCACAGCCACUCCAACAGGCUGUAGGCACUGAGGUGGGGGAGAGAGCUGGACAUGCAGCAGAGCCAACACGUCAUGAUAGGAAAAGCCAUGCUGUUGUGGGCUUCCACAUGUUGGAGUGUGUGUGUGUGUGUGUGUGUGUGUGUGUGUGUGUCUUUGACUUUGUAUACAUGUGUUUGGGGAGCUGGUGUGAAAGAUUUGAGAAUACAACAGAGUCUAGAGCAUGCAAUACAAGAGAAUCCUUGGGGUUCUGGUGUGUGUGUGCGUGUGUGUGUGUGCGUGUGUGUGUGAGUGUGUGCAGGCACACUCAUGUGCAUGUGUUUAGAUUAAGGAUGAAGGAAGAAGCAAAUCUGGACAAGAAACAAAGCCCCAUACAUGUAAAAAACAGGAAAAGCCAUGUUAGAAUGAGUAUACAUGCAUGUGCCCUUGUGUGUUUGCAUGUGUUCAUUUGUGUAGCAGAGGAUGGAGGACAGGAAGGAACCUGCAGCAUUGCCAAAUAUGUUUAAAAGGAGAAGCCAUGCCAUCAAGGUGUUCACAUGUGAGUGUUUAUGAGUGAGUGUGUGCUGGCUUGUGUGCACAGUGGAGAACAAGAGGCAGGACGGAAGCAAACAGACACAUGGUCCAUGCAGGCCAUGUACGCACGGCCAUGUGCAGCUGGGGCUGUUGAGCAUGAGCAUGCUCACACAUGUGUGUGCACACUUCCACCUGUCCCCUCUCAUUGUAGGCACAGAGAUGGACAAUCAGGAAUUUUGGGAUCCAGAGUCUGUUUGCACUUCUGUCACAUGGAGAGAUCAUUUGUCAUAAAGAUUUGCCUAAAUUAUAUUGGCAAAGUCACAAGAAGACUAGCCAAGUGGGGGGUGACACAUUUCAGGGACUCCUGGCUGGUGACUCCUUUGCUCUAGGUGGGGUGUCUUGUUUGGAGGGAAACAUUUCUUUGCAAUUCCUGGAUAGUAGGAUUCUAGUGAUGAUAUUUCCAGUGUGUUCUCACCAAACAUAGUUAUUAACCACCGUCUCUAUCCAGUAUUAUUCACAGUCCACACCUCCAUCCAUCCAUGUUUACGGGUGUGUGCUUUUGUGUACAAUGCUCCAUGAAAAUGUCAUUUUCUUCUGAGGCUAUGCACAUACAUAGACUGUGAUGGAGGAAGGAGAGGAAGUGACAUGAAGUAGGAAGAAUUCUCAUCAAAGGAAUGAAGAAGGGUGAAUAGCAGAGGUACAAAUGAAUUGGGGCAAUGCCCUGAAAGCUAUUGCAAUGACUUUUAGACUCCUAAAUGGACAUGAAGUGACAUGCUGCCUGCUGUCCCCUCCCAUUCAAGCCUUAUAUUCAUAUAUGUGGCUAACAUUCAACCUCUGGAUGAGGUCCCUUGUCUUUUUUGAGACCAGCCCAAGGUUCAAAGUACAGUGGCAAUCACUCUGCCUAGGCUGUCUAACAGGGUCCUGAAGGUGCCACUACAUCUUGGGCAGGGGCCAUGGUCCCUAGGAGACCAGAGUGUGUGAAAUCACACCCUAUGUCUGCCUGUAGGCUGGCCUGGACAUGAGCUACAGUGUGAGUGUGCCUUCAGAGGCACUGAGGUGAGAAACUGGGAGUGAUGGCAAAGGGGGCAGCAGGUGCAGAUGGAACAAAAGGUGGGACUCGCCUAGGCAGAUAUUGCACUGUUUUUAAUGACCCUGAAAAGGAAAGGCCCCCAAACAUGAUCCCCAACCUCCUCUCCACAAUGCCAGCAUCUCCUCUCAUCUUGUUCAAACUGGCCAAGUUGAAGGGCAGUAGUGAGAAGACAGAGGCACUCUGCCAAGGCCCUGGGGGAUUGGAUGACGAACGUUCCUUGCUCCUCUUCCCUUGACUUUUUCUGGCUUCUCUGCAAUGGACAGAUAAGAAAACCUGGAGAGCUUUGCCAUCAUUCUGGUGGCCCCUAUCUGCCAGCAACUCUCAAAAGGGACAAUUCCCCUUAGGGGAUGAGCUUGUCCCACAUCUCACAAGGGUGGGCCAGCCUCUCUCCUUGUAGCCCAGAUGGCAGCUCAACUAGAAGAGCACAUCCAGGCUCCUUUUCCAGUGCCCAGGGAGGAAAUUCUGGUUGAGGGUGGGUCCUGUUGGCUAGAAGUCAGUCCUCCUCAAACUCAAACUUGAGGAGAGCAGAAAUCAGGCCCAGGUACAUAUCUGCUGAGAAUAAUCACAAAUGCCCCCUACCUUCUUUUCUGGGGUGGGGGGGCCAGAGUGGGGUAAGCAGGGGUUCAGCUGCUUCUUCAACACUCAGCAUGAAGUUGACUACCCAGUGUAAGCCAUUCUCAAUGGUAUGCGCAAACAUCUGGAAACAGGCCAAGUCCUGUGCAGAACGCCAUCUGGGGAGGGCCUGGCAGUGUAGACAAGCAGCUGUAUGGACUUAACAUCUAGAAUGGUUCAGCCCCACAGACAGAUGCAAGCAGCAAGCCCCAUUCAGCAGACAGGUCUCUGGGAGAGAUGCAUCUGGAGCAGUCUCCUAGGUUUGGUAUACACAUCUGGAAUGGGCCUAGUGACUUAUUUAUGCCCAGGAGGGCCUUGACCUCUCUCCUCUAUGCCAGUUUGAAUCAAGUCCUCCUGCCAGACCUGGAUUCCCCCUAGAGUCAAUGUUUCAGAGCUGAGGCUGUAUAUGAAGUCACAGAACUGUUUGUGGUAGAAGGUUAAUGUUCUGUACAAUAUAUAUAUGAAUGUAAAAAGAUAUAUAUAUAUAUUGUAUAUAUAUAUAUAUAUGCACAGUGUAUAUAUGACCUGUAGCCCAUGUGUAUAAGCACCCCUCCCCGCACGUCUGCACACAGAGUGUACAUAACCCAGCCAGUGUGGGUGGGGACCAGAUGAGAGAUGGGGGCUGCAGUAGCAAACUCUGGGAAGGCCUGCAUACACAAAGCAGUGGAGCUCCCCACCCUGGAGAGAAGGGCAGAAGGGCAGGCAGAGGGGAGGGGGGAGCCCAGUGGCUGGGCUUUUCAAAGCUGGUGCCUCCUGAGUUGGAGGAGAAGUGAGUGACCUAGGGGACUUUGUCUCCCUGAGAGUGUAUGGGACAAGCAGUCCUAUGUCAGGGAGCACUGUUAUGCAAGUUUGUGGCCCUGAGAUCCCUAUCCUGUCUGCCUGCAUAGUGCCAGGUAGGUGUCAGACUUCCCCAGGAAGGCUCUUGAAGGCUGGAAUAUUCAAGACUGCCUCACAUGCUCAGCCCCACAUGAAGGCACAGUGCACAGCUCGGGAAAUACAUCUUUGAGGGAAUGACCCACAGCAUUGCCAGCAGGCCACACCACAUCCAGUGUCAGGACUAACUCAUCAUUGCGCUGCCCUUGUCCCCUGCCUUCCAGGAUACACACUGUCAGACCAGCCCCCAGUGUGUCUCUGUUUAACAGCUCCAGACUCUUGAGGCCUGCAGAAAUUGGAAGCAGCUGUAACCCAGUAAUGCCAGCAAAGAUCUUAUCCCACCUGACCCCUGUCCCCCGCCCCAGGGAACUCUGAGGGGAGCUAUCCAAGGGCCAGAGUUCUGAGCAGAGCAGUGACACAGGGGUGAGAAAGGGAAGAAGAAGAGACAAAAGGACAAGGAGUUCCUACCCUAGCACAGCCCCUGCCAUCUGCCUGCCUUCUCUCCCACAGCAUCACCCUGCAGGGCAGCUGGCAGGGAGUCCCCUUCUCCCAGAAAAGCACCCAGACAGAGACUUCUGUCCCUGAUCCACUUGCAUCUGUCUGGUAUUUGGAACUUCAAUCUUUUGCCUUGUAGCCUGGGCCCUCUGUAGCUCAGAACCUCUCUGAAUAAGGUGAGAGCAGGAUCUGGAUCAGGGCUGCCAAGGUUCUCAGCUUGACCCUCUGCUUUAGCCCUGCGUGUCAAGCUGGCCUGCAUUUAACUGUGAGUCUGCCUCUGGAGUCCUGGCCAGAGCCAUGGGAACCCAGCCCCCCAUGGAGGGGCCUGCCUUGGCUUCAAGACAAAACCCAGAAGUCCCAGGGCCCCUUGUGCCACUGUGCUCCAAGCCCCUGACCCACCUUUGCUGGACCAGCUCUCUGACUGAGCCUCCUGGAGUGAGAAGUAGGUCCCCAGCCCCUGGGCUGAGAUUGUGAGACCCCUGCCCUGUCCCACACCCAGACCAGAGUGCCUGGAUGUCCCUUCCCCUCACACCCCUCACUCAACAUGGUUCCCACACACUGGUCUCUGGGCCAUUCAGGGGAUGCCCUUUGUGGACAUGCAGAAUUUCUAUGAAUAUAGUUUUUUGUAAACAUUUUGUAACAAUUUGGGUUUCAUAGUAACUGUGUUACUUGCCAAUCAUUCUA